UCAUUUACAACAAAAUUAAAGGUUUUUAGAGUGAAUUAAGAAGAGAGAAGGUUGCCUUCUAUGGGAAGCCUUGGGAUGUUGAGGCACCGGCCUCAACUUGUGUAUGCUUUUGCUUUCUUAUUGCUAGCCACCCUUACGGCUGCUGUGGACAAAACAUGGCCUUAUGGAGAUUUGAAAUUGCCACCACCUUUGAAAAACACAUGGUCAUAUCCGCCUUACCUUUACAAAUCUCCACCUCCACCUUCACCCUCACCUCCUCCUCCAUAUGUCUACAAGUCGCCACCCCCACCGUCACCAUCACCACCACCUCCAUAUUUGUAUAACUCUCCACCCCCACCACCUCGCUACAAGUACAAGUCUCCACCCCCACCAUCACCAUCCCCACCGCCUCCCUACAUUUAUAAGUCUCCUCCUCCACCAUCACCUCCACCUCCAUAUGUCUACAAGUCUCCACCACCACCAUCACCAUCUCCACCACCACCGUAUGUUUACAAGUCUCCACCCCCACCAUCACCAUCUCCACCACCUCCAUAUGUGUACAAGUCUCCUCCCCCACCCUCACCGUCUCCACCACCUCCGUAUGUUUACAAGUCUCCUCCCCCACCUUCACCAUCUCCACCACCUCCAUAUGUUUACAAGUCUCCACCACCACCAUCACCAUCACCACCACCUCCCUAUGUGUAUAAGUCUCCUCCCCCUCCAUCACCAUCCCCACCACCUCCAUAUGUGUACAAGUCUCCUCCUCCUCCAUCACCAUCCCCACCACCUCCUUAUGUGUAUAAGUCUCCUCCCCCACCAUCACCUUCACCACCACCUCCAUAUGUUUACAAGUCUCCACCCCCACCAUCACCAUCUCCACCACCUCCGUACGUGUACAAGUCUCCUCCCCCACCAUCACCGUCCCCACCACCUCCGUAUAUUUACAAGUCUCCUCCUCCUCCAUCACCGUCUCCGCCACCUCCUUAUGUUUACAAGUCUCCACCCCCACCUUCCCCAUCUCCACCCCCUCCAUAUGUAUACAAGUCUCCUCCCCCACCGUCUCCAUCUCCACCACCUCCAUACAUCUAUAAGUCCCCACCACCACCUUCCCCAUCUCCACCUCCACCAUAUGUAUAUAAGUCUCCUCCACCACCAUCCCCAUCCCCACCACCCCCAUAUAUUUAUAAGUCUCCACCACCACCUUCCCCAUCUCCCCCACCUCCAUAUGUAUACAAAUCUCCUCCCCCACCAUCACCAUCUCCACCACCUCCAUAUGUGUAUAAGUCUCCUCCCCCACCAUCACCUUCUCCACCACCUCCAUAUGUCUAUAAGUCUCCACCUCCACCAUCACCGUCUCCUCCACCUCCUUAUGUAUACAAGUCUCCACCACCACCUUCCCCAUCUCCACCUCCUCCAUAUGUCUACAAGUCUCCUCCCCCACCUUCACCAUCCCCACCACCUCCAUAUGUGUAUAAGUCUCCUCCCCCACCAUCACCUUCUCCACCACCUCCAUAUGUUUACAAGUCUCCACCUCCACCAUCACCAUCUCCUCCACCUCCUUAUGUUUACAAGUCUCCACCUCCACCUUCCCCAUCUCCACCUCCCCCAUAUGUCUACAAGUCUCCUCCCCCACCUUCACCAUCCCCACCACCUCCAUAUGUAUAUAAGUCUCCUCCCCCACCAUCACCAUCUCCACCUCCUCCAUAUGUGUAUAAGUCUCCUCCCCCACCAUCACCUUCUCCACCACCUCCAUAUGUCUACAAGUCUCCACCUCCACCAUCACCGUCUCCUCCACCUCCUUAUGUUUACAAGUCUCCACCUCCACCUUCCCCAUCUCCACCUCCCCCAUAUGUCUAUAAGUCUCCUCCCCCACCUUCACCAUCCCCACCACCUCCUUACGUCUACAAGUCUCCGCCUCCACCAUCACCAUCUCCACCACCUCCAUAUGUCUACAAGUCUCCACCUCCACCAUCACCGUCUCCUCCACCUCCUUAUGUUUACAAGUCUCCACCUCCACCUUCCCCAUCUCCACCUCCACCAUAUGUCUACAAGUCUCCUCCCCCGCCGUCACCAUCCCCACCACCUCCGUAUGUAUAUAAGUCUCCUCCCCCACCAUCACCAUCCCCACCACCUCCGUAUGUGUAUAAGUCUCCUCCCCCACCAUCACCAUCCCCGCCACCUCCAUACGUCUAUAAGUCUCCACCUCCACCAUCACAUUCUCCACCACCUCCUUAUGUUUACAAGUCUCCACCCCCACCUUCCCCAUCUCCACCUCCUCCGUAUGUCUACAAGUCUCCUCCACCACCACAUCCAUAUGUCUACUAGUCUCUCCCACCACCACAAAUUUCAACUCCACCUUUGUAUUACUAUAAAUCACCACCUUCACCAACUAAAUCUCCCACUCAUUCCUCUUACUACUAUAAUUCUCCCCCACCUCCAUUUUAUGCUUAAAAUACAGACAUCUUUAACAUUGCUCGAUGAUAUGAGUGUAGUGUUUUACCACACCAAUUUGCUUCUUAAUAAAUUUUAUAUUAUAUUUUCAUUCAUACACAUAUUUAUUCGUGAAUUAAUAAUGUCACAGUGUGCUAUUACCUUGGUAUAUUUAUGUUUUAGACAUGAUGUAAGCUUUAUUUAUAUCAAUCAAUGAAUACAAAUACUUCAUAAUAA